AUGUCCAGGAGGUCAAUCCCUCCUUCUUCUUUAGGUCUUGAUAGAAUGUCCAGGUUUAUUCUUGUGUUGGGUGGCCAAGUUUCCAUCUCUCAAGGCUCCCAGCGACCGGAUCGCGCGGCCAUUGUUGGCUAUUCUUAUGUCUUGGUUGAGGGGGUUAUUGUCCUCGUGUAG